AAAUCCAUCGACAAAGACUUACCUCUCACGGCGAGAAACAACAGAGAAUCGGGGAAAAAUGGCGUGUUUCGCAACCAAACAGCCUCUGUUGUUGUCUCUCCUCCUUGCCAUUGGCUUCUUUGUGGUGGCUGCAUCUGCCGGAAACUUCUAUGAGAGCUUUGAUAUCACUUGGGGUAAUGGUCGUGCCAACAUAUUCGAGAAUGGACAGCUUCUCACUUGUACUCUUGACAAGGUCUCCGGCUCAGGUUUUCAAUCCAAGAAGGAGUACUUGUUUGGUAAGAUCGACAUGAAGCUCAAGCUUGUCGCUGGAAACUCUGCUGGCACCGUCACCGCCUACUACCUAUCGUCAAAAGGCACGGCAUGGGAUGAGAUUGACUUCGAGUUUUUGGGAAAUCGCACAGGACAUCCUUACACUAUCCACACCAAUGUGUUCACCGGAGGUAAAGGCGACCGUGAGAUGCAGUUCCGUCUCUGGUUCGAUCCCACUGCGGAUUUCCACACCUACACCGUCCACUGGAACCCUGUUAACAUCAUCUUCCUUGUGGAUGGGAUCCCAAUUCGGGUGUUCAAGAACAACGAGAAAAAUGGGGUGGCUUACCCUAAGAACCAGCCGAUGAGGAUAUACUCAAGCCUUUGGGAAGCCGAUGACUGGGCUACAGAAGGCGGUCGCGUGAAGAUCGACUGGAGCAACGCACCAUUCAAGGCCUCUUACAGAAACUUCAACGACCAAAGCUCAUGCAGCAGGACAUCAAGCUCAAAAUGGGUGACUUGCGAGCCAAACAGCAACUCGUGGAUGUGGACGACUCUCAAUCCUGCCCAGUACGGAAAAAUGAUGUGGGUGCAACGAGACUUCAUGAUCUACAACUAUUGUACCGAUUUUAAGAGAUUCCCUCAAGGCCUCCCCAAGGAGUGUAAACUUUGAUUCUAUUAUGGGAAUUUUCAAGCAUUUUUCUUUCCGUUUUGUUUCAUCUUGUGAUGUUACUUUGAUUUAUUUUGUUCUUUCUUUUGGUGUUUCUGAGAUACGAUAUUACAUGUAUACGUAUUCUUCCUGAGAAAAUAAGAAGUUGUAUUACUCGAUAAUACAUUUUAUCUCUCAAUGUGGUGUGAUUGUUUAUUGGGUUUGGCGUACAAUGAAAGCUACAUCAAUGUGCUUUAGAAAAAUGCAUA